AUGCUUACUGAGGAGUGCAGCGCCAUUAUCCAAAACAAGAUGCCUCAGAAAUUGAAAGAUCCAGGGAGUUUUACUAUACCAUGCAUUAUUGGAAAUUGUGAAUUUAAUAAAGCUCUUUGUGAUCUAGGUGCUAGCAUAAAUUUGAUGCCAUAUUCUUUGUUUAAAAAGCUAGGCCUUGGUGAAAUUAAGCAUACUUUUGUUUCCUUGCAACUUGCUGAUAGGUCCAUUAAGCAUCCCAUAGGAAUGAUAGAAGAUGUCCUUGUUAAAGUUGCUAAAUUUAUUUUUCCUGUGGAUUUUAUUGUGCUUGAAAUGGAAGAGGAUAGGGAAAUACCAUUGAUUUUAGGAAGUUUACCUGUGGAUUUUAUUGUGCUUGAAAUGGAAGAGGAUAGGGAAAUACCAUUGAUUUUAGGAAGUCCAUUCCUUGCAACAGGUAGAGCUUUAAUUGAUCUUGAACAAGGAUUGAAUGAUGAUGACUCUUGUUUAAGAAUUGAUGUUCUUGAUUAUUGUGUGGAUGAAUAUGUUGAUAAUUUGCAUGAGCCAUUAGAUGAAAAACUACUGACUAUUGAAAGUGGUGACAUGCAGGAACUGAAACAUGCACAAAACACUAUUAUAAAGCUUAAUCGAACUGAUCGAUUCAGUGAAGAUGAAAAGAAGGCUUUUGAGCAGCAAAUGAAAGAAUCUUGA